CAGACAACUACCUGUGAAACGCGGCGCACACGAUGAUUUACCCCCAUCCAAGUCUUCCGGGCCAGUGGCGACGGGUGCAGGGUUCUUCACCCCCGAUACCGGCAGCUCUGGCAACCUAUUCCGUCUCGCCCAACCCCUCCCGUUUCGCAUGGAAUCAGCGGGGCCCAGCGACUCCUUAACCAGUGACAACUCCUUCUACGCUCAGGAUCUGACAUUCCAUCAAGUACACCCUCCCGCUCGGCCACACGGCCAACUGCCCCAUGUCUCACGUCCAUUGUCAUCUGCCGAUGAAGCGGGCCCUGUUCCUAAGAAGUUGAGGUCGACCGCGCCACCGGGUGAGACGGACAGGCCGAUCAAGCCUUUAAAGGGCGGUGUGGACGAGCUUUCGAAGAAGGUUCCAGCACUUUCUCGACCGAUAGCAGGCAGUAGUAAAAGCAGUGGACACGCAUCUACAACGGUUCCUGGAACAAGAAGAAGCACACGUUUGAACAGUGGGACGGGGAAAGCCGCUCAUGUAUCUAAAGUAGGCGUUGCGAUCCCUGCCGGUUCCUGUUCUCCACUGAUGAUCCAGCAUACAUUGACGCGGGACCGACGACGGAUCCCAACAAACCAUUUGCGCUCUCGUUCCAUGGAAUCUGACAUGGAAGACGAGUUCCAGUCACCUUCCCCACCUGCCAUAGCGAAUUCGCCCCAGUCUGAGACCUCACCUUCAAGGCAUGAUCCGAUGUUGGCGGAUGCCUACGAAUGGGAACUUGCAGAUUUCUAUGUGUACGACCUAACACGGCAAUUUGCUACAGCAGCACGAGCUCUGGCGUUGUACAACUCGCCAAAAUGUCUAGUAGAGCUGGAGAAACUUCCUCCAGUGCAUCAGAAGACUCCCUGGGUUUUAGCUAUGAUAGGACGUGCCCACUUUGAGCAGCUUGAAUAUGCCAAGGCGGAACGUGCUUUCAAGGCGCUUCGCUCACUGCAACCUUAUCGACUACUGGAUAUGGAGGUGUACUCGACACUUCUGUGGUAUCUCCAGAAGCACGUGGAGCUUUCAUUUCUGGCGCAGGAGCUGUUGUCGAUCGAACCUCGCUGCCCCCAGGCCUGGAUUGCCGUGGGAAAUCUGUUCUCGCUGCAGAAAGAGCGGGCGCAUGCUCUGACCUGUUUCCGGCGGGCGGCACAGCUGGACCCUCGCUGCGCCUACGCAUAUACUCUGAGUGGACACGAGUCUGUCGAGGAAGACCUCGACAAGGCGAUCAACUUCUUCCAGUCAGCAUUACGGGCUGAUUCGCGGCACUACAACGCAUGGUAUGGCCUCGGCACGUGCUACUUGCGGAUGACCAAGGUGCGGCUGGCGGAGUAUCACUACCGCAAGGCCAUGGACAUCCAUCCGUAUAAUGCGGUGUUAGUUGGCUGUGUUGGGCUAGCGGUGGAACGGUACGAUCGUGGGGCUGCUCUGAAGCUCUUUGAUGCCGCGGUCAAGUUGGCGCCGGAGAAUGCCCUGGUCCGUUAUCGCAGAUCCAAAAUCCUCAUUGCAGUGAAGAGAUAUCCAGAGGCCAUCCAGGACCUCGAGAGAUUGCGCAAUACCGCGCCGGAAGAGUCCAAUGUUGUUUUCCAGCUCGCCAAGGCUUAUCGACUCGUUGGAAAUGACGUCAAGUUUGCGGCAACGCUUGCACAAGCACGUGAUAUGUCCCCCAAGAGUGUUGCGAAACUCAAGAAACUGCUGGAUACGGUCAAGGACGACAGUGCGGACGAUCGAAUGGACGAGGGAUAGCUAAUUGAUCGUACUUCCGUCGUCAUAUCUCACGAUAGUGUUGCCAUGUUUGGCACCGACAACAGCGGUUCCCCGUCGAGUCAGUGAUCGUGUGAUAUAAAACGCGACCGUGACUGUUGUGGUGCUCGUGAUCUCCAUUCCUCCCUCGACCACCAUGUUCGCAUAGUUGUGUCGUCCGUGUCCGCCCCCUCGUCCCCCUCUCCACCCGAGUCGCACCGACUGCUGGGCCCACCCUCGCACAAGCAUGGUCAAUAAACUAGCCCGUACUUCCAAUAACGGCUCUUUGCUCUUUGAACCUGAGAUUGUAGAACGUAUACACCGUUGAAAGCAGCCCCUCUAUACCCGAGCCUCGUGCCAACCUACUUAACUCGCCAGACUUGUUCUUCCAUCCAACCACUCAAUCACUCAACCACCCACAUUAUCAAUGGCGUCUACUUCGUCUGACCUCUUUGCCCUGGCGCGCUCCAAGCUGAACCUGUCUUCCGGCCACAAGGACAGUUUCAGUUUGCACCGCUGGGUGCUACUGAAAAACUCGGUCAUCCAGUCUAUUCCUUGCAUCACUUCUCCCAAAAUGUCUACUACUGUCUCCACCUCUACUGAAGCCGAAGAGGACGACGAUUUCGAUUCCUUCAUG